AUGGCGUCCUGCACAGAAGUUCUCACUCGCAAACCUCACAAUAUCGCCAUCUCAACGAAUCCACAACAUGGUCUAAACGUCUUGAUAACUGAUGUUCCGGAACCUGGACCGAAUGAUUGUUUAGUUCACGUUCGAGCUACGGGAAUCUGUGGAAGCGAUGUGCAUUUCUGGAAAAAAGGGAGGAUUGGAGAUUCGGUGAUUAAGCAUGAUUGUGGACUGGGACAUGAGUCGGCGGGUAUUGUGAUCAAGACGGGGAGGGAUGUGAAGGGCUUGAAGAUUGGUGAUCGAGUCGCUGUCGAAUGUGGCAUCCCCUGCUCCAAGCCUUCGUGUGAGCCAUGCCGCACUGGUCGAUAUAAUGCUUGCCCUGAGAUCGUCUUCUUCUCUUCGCCACCAGUCGAUGGCACACUGCGGAGGUAUCAUGUCCAUCCAGAAGCUUGGCUGCACAAGCUGCCCGGCUCCAUUAGUUUCGAGGAGGGCGCAUUGCUCGAACCACUUUCUGUUGCUCUUGCCGGCAUUGAGCGAUCUGGUCUGAGAAUGGGUGACCCGCUCGUGAUUUGUGGUGCUGGUCCGAUUGGGAUGGUGUCGUUGUUGUCUGCGAAUGCUGCUGGUGCCGCGCCAAUUGUGAUUACUGACAUUGAUGAGAAUCGCUUGAAGAUGGCGAAGUCGCUGGUGCCGAGGGUGCGGACUGUGCUGGUAGAGAAAGGUGUUGAGGCAAAGGCUGUCGGUGAAAAGAUCAAGGAAGCUCUUGGCCAGGAGGCGAAGCUUGUGAUCGAGUGUACUGGUGUUGAGAGUAGUAUACACUCCGGCAUUUAUGCUGCCAAGUUCGGUGGCACAGUGUUCAUCAUUGGGGUUGGCAAAGACUUCCAGAUGAUACCGCUCAUGUACGCCUCUUUUCAUGAGAUAGAUAUCCGGUUCCAGUUCCGGUACAGAGAGACGUAUCCGAAGGCCAUCAUGCUGGUAUCGGAAGGACUCAUAGACCUUAAGCCGCUUGUCACACACCGAUACACGCUUGACGAGGCGAAGCAAGCUUUCGAUACUGCUUCGACGCCGUCCGCCAGAGCAGUGAAGGUGCAGCUUUUGGAUGACUGA